UCGCCUCUUUGCACCUUUGCGUUUCUACCGACUGCCCAACGUCUUUACCGGGAGGAAGAAGCGGGUGAAAAACAAAAGCUGCUCUUUCCACGGUCCUGUCCAUUUCUGCAGACUUGUUCCGAGGCCGAGGAGCCUUUGUUGGAAGAGAUGGUGAUAUUGCUGGGCCCCCUGCUGUUGGUCUUCAUGCUGGGUCUGGGUCUGGCCCCGCUGAGCCUGGCUAAGGAUGACGACAGGUACACACACUUCCUGACCCAGCACUACGAUGCCAAUCCAAAGGGCCGGGAUGGCAGAUACUGUGAAAGCAUGAUGAAGCAACGAGGCCUGACCAGACCCUGCAAAGACGUCAACACCUUUAUUCAUGGCACAAAGAAUGAUAUCAAGGCCAUCUGUAAUGAUGAGAAUGGAGAGCCUUACAACAAUUUCAGAAGAAGCAAGUCUCCUUUCCAAAUUACCACUUGCAAGCAUAAGGGAGGGUCCAACCGGCCUCCAUGUCGGUACAGGGCCACAGCAGGGUCCAGAACCAUUGCUGUUGCCUGUGAAAAUGGCUUGCCUGUCCACUUUGAUGAGUCCUUUAUCAUUACAAGCCAGUAGCCCAGAUCUGGCUCUGCUCUUCUUUCCUUGCUUUGGAUCCCCCAGACACUCCCACAACCCCUACCCCAGCCCCCGCCACCAGCCUUCCACAGAACAGUGGUGGCAAGAUUCAUUGCCAGUGGUCUAGAAAAUAAGAUGUCUGAUCUUUCAUUUUCUGUUCUACAAUAUGUUCAAUAAAUAAAAACAUGUCUGAAAGCAGUAA